UGGGGUAUAAAACCCCGGGGCCGCCGUUACCGCCGCUUUUUUUUCCUUUCCCCCCCCCUCCCCUUUUUCCUUCCACCCCCCCCCCCGCUUCCCCGCCCCCUGGCACCGUUCCCGCCUUCCCCCCGUUCCGCCGCGCCCCCCCCUCCCUUCCCCGUUUUCUCCCUCCUCCCCCCCGUUAAAAACGUUGCGGUGGAAGCGGAACGGGGGGGGCCCGGCCCCCGGUGGUGGUGGGGACGUUUUGCUUCCCGGUAUGGCCCCGGUGGUGCUUUGCCUCUUGGCGGCGGCGGCGGCGGCGGUGGGAACGGGAGGGGGGGGCACUACGGGAACGGGGAGCGCUCUGGAACCCUCCUGCCCGGUGUGCCUGUGGCGGAGGCACAGCAAAGAGCUGCGGCUGGAGAGCAUCAAGUCGCAGAUCCUGAGCAAGCUGCGGCUGAAGGAAGCGCCCAACAUCACCCGGGAGGUGGUGAAGCAGCUGCUGCCCAAGGCCCCCCCGCUCCAGCAGCUCCUCGACCUCCACGACUUCCAGGGGGACUCGCUGCAGCACGACGAGUACCUGGAGGAGGACGAGUACCACGCCACCACCGAGACCGUCAUCAGCAUGGCCCAGGAAACGGACCCCGUGGUGCAGAUCGAGGGCAACCCCCAUUGCUGCUUCUUCAACUUCAGCCCCAAGGUCAUGUUCACGAAGGUGGUGAAGGCGCAGCUGUGGGUGUACCUGCGGCCCGUGCAGCACACCUCCACCGUCUACCUGCAGAUCCUCCGCCUGAAGCCAGUGACGGAGGAAGGCAGCCGCCACAUCCGCAUCCGCUCGCUCAAGAUCGACCUCAACUCCCGCCUCGGGCACUGGCAGAGCAUCGACUUCAAGCACGUGCUGCAGAACUGGUUCAAGCAGCCGCAGAACAACUGGGGCAUCGAGAUCAACGCCUUCGACCCGAACGGCAACGACCUGGCCGUCACCUCACUGGGGCCCGGCGCCGAAGGGCUGCACCCCUUCAUGGAGCUGCGGGUGCUGGAGAACAACAAGCGCUCGCGCCGCAACCUGGGGCUGGAUUGCGACGAGCACUCGACCGAGUCGCGCUGCUGCCGUUACCCCCUGACCGUGGACUUCGAGGCCUUCGGCUGGGACUGGAUCAUCGCGCCCAAGAGGUACAAAGCCAACUACUGCUCGGGGCAGUGCGAGUACAUGUUCAUGCAGAAGUACCCGCACACCCACCUCGUGCAACAGGCCAACCCGCGCGGCUCGGCCGGGCCCUGCUGCACCCCCACCAAGAUGUCCCCCAUCAACAUGCUCUACUUCAACGACAAGCAGCAGAUCAUCUACGGCAAGAUCCCGGGCAUGGUGGUGGACCGAUGCGGAUGCUCUUAGAGCCGGUGCUGCGCCGCCGCCCCGCGCCCCCCCCGCCGCCGAACCUGCCUCUUUCCUGCCACUUUCGGGGGGAGGGUUUGGGGGGGUUUCUUUUUUGCUAUUUUCUUUUCGAAAUACAAAGAACAAGCGUUGAGGUUCCUUUGGAUGUUGGGGCAAGAGGAGAGAGACGCAGAGAGAUGGAAACCCCGCGGAGAAACGCUGCAGCAACCCCAUGAUUCGACUUGCAUUGUGCAAUAACGCAACCGGACGGAGAAGAGAAGGGGCGGCGCGGAGCCCCGGUGUGGCUCCACGGUGAUGGGGAGAGGAGGAAGCCACUGCAUCCUGCACCUCCGGAGCACCCGCGGGGAUGGGGACGCCCCUGCCCGCCCCACGGCCACGGUGUCAGCCGAGGACGGGAGGAGCUGGCAGCAGGACUCCCGGGACGGGCCCGUUGGGCUCCGGUGGUGGCUCCGGCGCUGGAGGGAACCGUCCCCCUGCUUUAAUUUAUUUAUUUAUUAAUCACCCUCCGGCCGGGCUCUGCUGGGGCAGCUCCCGCCCGCCCCGGCCCCCCCGCGGCCCUGCAUGGGGACGGCACUGCCACCAGCACCACCGGCACCACGGGGCAUCGAGGAGAACCGAGCUGCCACCCACAACAGCGGCCGGCUCCAGUGCUGCCGGUGUGAUGGCGAUGCUCGUCCCGGUGCUGCGCUGGUGCCCAGCGCUCUCCUGAGGUGGCUGGAGGAGCUGGAGGCUUGGGGGGGCUCCGGUUCUGGUGUCUCCGGUUCAGGCUGUCUCCGGUUCGGGCUGUCUCCGGUUGUGGGUCUCACCUCUGGGGUCUCGGCGCGGCAGUGAGGGCUCUCCGGGCGCCGCGGUGCCUUUGGCAGCUCCGUGGCCCCCAGCCGCAGCACUUAUCCAGAGGGUGCCGAUGGCUCUGGCCGGGACACACGUCUCCAUCCCAUGGCCGCGAUCGGGCCUGGCACGUCCGUACCCCACGUAGCACUUAGGGACGGUGCCAGGGCAGAGCCGGGGGCACCGGGAUGUGCAGCACUUGUCCCCGGCUCCACCGAGCCCAAAGCGGUCCCGAGGACGUGGUGAUGGCCCCGUGGUGCCGAACCCCAGCCGUGCCCAAGCACUUAAGGGCUGAUGCCACCAGCAAUGCCGGCCCUGCCGCAGCGCCGUGGUGGCUCCAGCACCAGCUCCCUGGAGCCAGAUGCAAGGGGGUGGGGAUGGGAGAACUGGGACCCCCGGGGAGCUGAGGGUUGUCUGGGGGGGUCUCCCCGAGCCCCUGCACCCCCUGAGGCCGGGCACAGUGGUGGCAUCCCCCAUGGUGACACAUUGGGGACAAGGUGCCUGGUCCCCCCCAUUGCCCCUCAGUGCCUUUUGGGGGCUGCAUCCUCUGGUCUGGAUCAUGAGGGAUCAUUUGGCCCCGGCCCCGGCUGCUCCGCUCCAACACCGAAACGGCACCAGACAUGGCCACGGAGGCGCCGGCACUGAGAAGCAUGGUCCUGCCAUUGCCAGCAAUGGGGACAGGCCCCAGCGCCCGCCAGGAAUGGAGCCAUGCGCCAGGAAGGAGACAAAAUCCGCUUGGAAGGGACUGGAAAGGGCACGGAGCUGCCUGGGCCGUGGGAUCCUGCGCCGGGGUUGAGGGAGCCGUGGCCUGGCCAAGAUCCGGCUGGAAUCCAAUUGGGAUCAACCCACACCCUUCACCCCAACCAUUGCCAUGUGCCGGAGCCCGGUGGGACCCCAACUGUGGGCAUCGUGCCCGGGGAUUCCAGCCUCUGUGGCCACCCCUGGCCACGGAGCACCCAACACGCAGCCCAGGACCCAGAGCACCGCAGGGCCCCGCGGUCUGGUGCAGGCACAGGAAGGAUGGGGCCGGACGGGGCACUGGCACCAGCCAACUCCAGGCACUGGGACCUCAGCCCCCCGGUGCGGGCAGCACUGGGACCAGUGCCCGGGGGUGGCUGGUGCCAGGUGGGGGGUCCCCAUCACUCUAUGGUUAUUAUCACUGUUAUUAUAAUGUGUUCUCCUUUCCCACCCUGGUCCCUCGUCCCCAGGUCCGGUCCUGGGUCGGUCACUCGGGGGGGGGGCCGGGAUGUGGCCACCGGCCCCCGGGCCCCAGGGGCACACACACGACCCAAAGGCCCCAGUGGCUGGGGGGGUUUAACCAAACACAGCACUUGGACAUCGACACAAAUAAAGAAAUUAAAGAGAGAUUAAAGAAA